AUGUUGUGGGCUCUAAUUGAUGAUACCAUAGCAAUAUCGAUACCAACAUCUUGUAGGAUGAACAAUAACAGGGUUUCUACUCCUCGUGACAAAUGGUUUGACAGAGACUGCUCACAAGCAAGGAAAAAAUCAUUUGCUUGGUUAAAGCUUGUAAGGAAGUACCCUCAAAACCCCUUUCUAAAGCGUGAAUAUUUGUCCGCUAACAAAACUUUAAAAGCCUUGCUUAAGUCUAAGCGUCAAGCAUACUUUGAGAACAUUGCACACGAUCUUUCAAGUUGCAGGAACGCGUCACAGUUUUGGAGCAAAGUCCGCCUUAUAAACAACGACAGUCAAUUACCGCGACCUUGCCUACCGAUCGAGCUGAAGGAUUUAUGCGAACAUUUCAAAAACCUCACAAAGGACAAGUUUACUACGAGCUUCCAAUUUGCUAUCCCUUUUCAGGCGGAUGACGCCUUGGACGCCCCUCUCUGUAUCUUAGAGGUAAAGGCAGUUUUGGUUGAACUGAAAUGUAACAAAGCUCCAGGAUCCAACGGUAUACCGCCGGAAUUUUACAAAUUCAGCACACCCUCAUUCAUCGAACACUUUACUCUAGCGCUUAACCAGGCUUUCGAAGACGGAUGCAUACCUACUUAUUUUAAGGAUUCUAUCGUCACUCCCAUAUUCAAGAAAGGUGACCGCACUGAUCCUGCAAACUAUAGAGGAAUAUCCUUGCUGAACACUUCAAUGAAAAUUCUGACAAGGCUUCUAUACAAAAGACUCUACGGUUGGGUUCAAGCAAAUCAUCUCCUUGGUGAGUCUCAAGCCGGGUUCCGCAAGAACUACUCAACGAUAGACCAAAUCUACUCACUCACAUCCAUUGCGGACAUCUUCAUUAAAGAUAAAAAGAAGCUGUAUGCCUUCUUUAUAGAUUUUAAAGCUGCCUUCGACACCAUCGACAGAAAAGCUCUUAUGCUUAAACUUACAACAAAGGUGUUUCAACAAAGUUUGGACGCAUUUUGGAAAAAUUUUAUGAAUCUACAACAUCUGCAAUCUCUUUCAACAACGAUAUAA